AUGUCUAAAUUAACGCAAUCCACCCCGUCGUCGCCGAGGCUUUUGCCUCGAAGAUUGCGCGACGCGAGUUCGGUGAUACCUCCACCUCUGGCUGCCUUCGAAGGUCUGGAUGCCGGAGGUCAGGGUAAUUCCGGUGCUGGUAAUGGUACCGUCAAUUGGCAGGAGAGAUGCUUGGAACUUCAAUUGGAACUGCACAGGAGCAGAACGCAGGCCACCAGGACGAGGGAUAUGCUUCGAGAAAAGUUUAAUUUCUUCGAAAAGCUCGCAUGUACCCCUCGAAUUCCCCCCGGGGGAACGUUCGCUCCUUGGGUUAUCUAUUUCCUCCUCGACUACGACACGGACACCGAUGUCAAAUACGCGGAGCCUCCGCGCUCGGAAUACUUGAUGAGCAGAUGA